AUGUCGUUAUACUGGCCUGAUCAUAAAUUUGAAAAUUCAUUAUUUCGCACUAAUCGAUUUCCACCUCUUGAUUUUCAUGAAAGUGAAAAAGAAUAUAUUGUGAACGCCGAAUUACCGGGUAUCACCAAAGAACAAGUCAAUGUUGAUGUUCGUGAAGACACACUUGUUAUUUCUGGCGAAACCAAAAAAGAUGAAAAAUAUGAAAAAGGAAAUACACACAUUCAAGAACGUCGUUAUGGAAGUUUCACUCGUGCUAUCACCCUUCCUUGUAACGUUAAAGUUACUGAUAUAUCUGCUAAAUUUGAAAAUGGUAUUCUUGAAGUGAAACUUCCAAAGGAUGAAAGUGAGAAGCCAUCUGGAAGAAAAAUUGAAAUUCAAUAA